UGCUGUCAAGAUCUUUUCCGACUCUUCCCAGUCUUUCGAUCAUCUUUUCGGUGUCCGGGUCUUGAAAUUUGAUAAUCGAAAUUUUAGUUAUAGCAACAGUUUUAGCCACAGUUUCAGCAUGUCUAGUCUGCAGAAGCCAUCGCAGGGCGGUCCACAGAGAGGCAUGGUCUCCUACGGCAGCGGGCUCGUCUUCGGCGGCCACGUGUAUCCUGUGCUGGUGGACGGGGUGCCCAUGCAGCCGCCCGUGGCGGUGCAGCAGCGCCUGCAGAUGCAGCAGCGACAGAUGCAGCAACAGCAGAUGCAGCAGCAACAGCAGAUCCAGCAGCGACAGAUCCAGUUCCAGCCGCAGUGCCACAAGCCGAUUGUGCCCCAUCCCCAAAGGUCAUGUCCGCGGAGUGGCGCCCCAGCGGGGACGUACAUGGUGAAACUGGGGCAGCAAGGACUGCCUUGUUGUCCUGGUCCUGUCUCAACGCAACAGCUGCAACAGCAGCAACAGCAGCAACAACAGCAGCCGCAGUACCACAACCUCGCCAUGAUGCAACAGCUCCAUGGGCAGCUUCUCCAGCACCGGCAAAUGCAGGCGGCCAUGGGCAAUCCCUUCAGCCACUACGGCCAAUACAACGUACAACUGCAACCGAAUGCGGGCGGCGAUUCAGGCGGCUGGAACGGGUAUGCCAUGAUGCAGCCAUCGGAUGUCUAUAAGCCGUAUUCGUUGAACUGAGUCCUUUCCCCAUGUUACUGUACAAGUAUGAGAAAUGAAGUUAAAUGUAAUGUUUUACCGCUUUUUGGAUUUGCUCCAAUCAAAGUAUGGUAAUGUUUAACCAAAAAAAAUGAUUAAAUUAAAUGUGACGUUUUGGAUUGGCUCUAA